CCUGUUUGGCCAAGCUCCUAGAGCAGCUUCUAGGAGUGAGAAGUAGAAACUUGGCCAAACAAGGAUUUUUGUGUUGUAGAAAACAGCUUCCUAGAAGCCCAAACUAGCUUCUAUGGGCUUGAGAAACAGAAGCUCCAAAAGGAGGCUUCUGAUUUUAGUUUCUCGGGGAGCUAUUCCCCUCAUUUAAUGAGAGUAUAUUUUUUGACAGCCUUGCCCCUCUGAAUAGAAAAAAUGACCUAUUGUCCCUCAUAUAAUAAAUAAAUCAAGUUCAUUAUUUCUCUCUCAUCUUUAUUGUCUCUCCUACUUCCCUCAACUCACAACUGUCUCUCCUACUUCCCUCAUUAUUUUUGAUCGAUGCAUCCCGGAGAACGCAGACCACCUACAUCGUCGAUGAAUACUCCACCCGUUCGUCCACCCACGAAAUCUACGACGAGCAACACAGCUAAUAAGGGGAAAUCGAAGAUGCAUCCAUCUACUAUUCCUUCUCCUCCUUCAAAUCAGAUGAAUGAGCAAAAAGUGAAGAGAUCAAAAGCGACGUGGGAUGAUGAAUCAACUAGAAUAUUUUGUGAGGUGUGUGCUGAUGAGGUGCAUGCAGGGAAUAGACCAAACACGCAUUUUAAUAGGGUUGGUUGGGAUAAUGUGGUUAAGAAAUUCCAAUUAAGGACUGGAAAAAGGUAUGAUAAAAAACAAUUGAAAAAUAAGUGGGAGAAGUUGAAAAGUGAGUUCUCCACAUGGAAGAAUCUACACAAGGAGACGGGAUUAGGUUGGAACCACGACAACAACACUAUCGAUGCAUCUGAAGACUGGUGGGAAAACAAAGAACAAGUGGAUGCUAAUGCUGCAAUUUUCCGUGAAGGUGGUAUUAAGAACUUAACGGAGCAAGAAAUCAUGUUCUCGAAAAUAUAUGCUUCUGAUGCAACUUCAUGGAAUCCUUAUUCAGAAGAAGAAGUUGUAGAAGAGACGGAGGUAGAAGUAGAAGAUGACUCUAUAGUAGGAAAUUUUGAUGUAGAAGAUGAGGAACAGGUUGACAUAACUCUUGAUUCAAACACUACUCAAACACAUCCUCUACAACCUGAAAGUGAGAAUAUUAGGAAGUCAAAUGUAACUAUACCUACUGGUGUGAAAGUGAAGAAUGUUUGUAAGGGAAAGAAAUCUAAAGUGAGCACUGCUAAGCUAAUGCAAAAUGAGCUAAAACGGAUUGUUGGGGCAAUGGAGAGUUUCUCUCAGUCUAGUGCAACAGUAACUUCAAGAAGAACCGAUCUCCCAGGAUGUAGCAUUCAAGAGUGCUUAACUUUGUUAGGUGUAACACCUGGUGUUGAAGUAGGCAGUGAACUUUAUAUGUUAGGGACUCGCUUAUUCAUGAAGAAGGAAUGUAGAGAGAUGUUUGUUGCCCUUCCCGGUGAAGAUAUUCGAAGUGCUUGGCUUGAUCAAGAACUACUAAGGGAGAAGGAGAAGAAUAAAACUUAA